AUGACUGAACGUGAGAUGAUUGAUAUGUUCACAAGUACUCUAUCGGGACACUACUAUCUGGCUUGUAGUACAUCUGCAACUUUUUCCGAAAUGGUUAGGUGCGGUGAACGUGUGGAGAUGGGCUUGAAAAUGGGAAAGAUUCAGAUAGGUACUUCUCAGGGCACAGCAAGCGGAAAAAGACAGUCAGAGGGUUAUUCCAGAAAGAAGGAAGGGAAUACUGAUGCUAUGAAUGGAAAAGGAAACCAAGGAAGAAGUAAUUCUCAGGUGAAUGCCGUUACUAUUCCUGUGCCUCAACAACAACAGCAGCAGGGGCAACGUCCUCAGUAUCAGAACAAUCGAUACCCUCCGAGGACUAGACCUAAUAGGCACUUUGAUCCGAUUCCCAUGAUGUACGCUCACCUAUUGCAACACUUACUCUAUAUUGAGAAGAUCACGUUGAGAGAUACUCCGAAUGCUCCGGAUAGACAAUCUCCAAGCUAUAAUACAAAUGCUCGUUGUGCUUUUCACUCUGGUGCUGUGGGGCAUGAUACUAAGAAGUGCAUUGCUCUGAAAAACAAGGUUCAGGACUUGUUAGAUCAGAAGGUUAUUCAAUUUACUCCGACGCCGAACAUUGUCAAUAAUCCCAUGCCUUCCCAUGACGGAGGUUCGGGUUUAAAUGCCAUUGAGAGCGAAGAGAUAAGUGUGAUAUCUGAUGUGGGCUGUUUGACUUUUCCUCUUGUGUCUGUGAAGCAACACCUGCUUAAUAGUGGCAUCUUCCCGGGCUGUGGUGUCGAUUGUGAGAAUUGCAAGAGUCAACCUGGGGGCCGUAUUGAUUUGAAGAGUACGGUUCAGAAAUUGAUGGACGGAGGUCCUCUCCAGUUCUAUAGAAAGAGGAGAAACGUGAGGGUCGCAAACGAUGAUGAGGUGGUGGUAAUUGACAUUCCAUAUGAACUUGUGGCUCCUAUUAGUAUUCAAGUGCUUGUUCAGAUAUCUAUCGUCGUUCCUUAUGCACAGCAACCAGCGGAAUUGAUGAUCACUGUUCCUGGGCCGAUUCCAUAUGAGAGUGAGAAGGCCGUUCCUUGGCAUUAUGGCUCAGAUGUGUACUACUACGGUACGAAGAAAGAGGAUGAGUUGAAAGACAAUUUUGUGAAGUCUGUAGUUGCAAAUGCCGAUAAUUUUGCUGGUAAUGGUAGAAUUACUCGCAGUGGCAGAUUUUUCUCUCCUCAGCUUGUACAAAAUAAUGUAGAUGCUUUGGCUAAGGCCAAAGGCAAAUAA